UGGUGAUGGUUGUUAAUAGAAAGAAAGAAAGAAAAAUGAGAAAAAAAAAAUACAAAAUCAUGUUAUUUCUUUUUUGGUUAUCUUUUUGUCAAUCUAUAUCACACUCUCUCUUCUCCAACUCUCAGUCCCACUCAAACCAAAAACUCAUGAUGAAACACCCUCUGCACCCUGCACUCCAAAAAAGCACCAUUUCUUCUCUUACUAGAUUUUCUACUAUUACUCAUUUUUCUUCUACUAUUUCUCAUCAUCAUAAUUAUCUUCAUUUUCUUUCUUCCCUUAAAUUUACCUUCUUUCACUUCUUUUCUUCCACACUUAGAUUUUUCAUCACUCAAAAACCAUGAAAUUCUCUUCUUCUCUGUUUUCCUCUGUUUUUCUCUGUUCAUUCCUCACCAUUUUCCCCUUACUAAUUCAAUCACAAACACCCACAUUUCAAAAAUCCCAAAUCCCAAUUCAAGUUCUUUCUCUUCUAUCCCUUAAAUCUUCACUCAAAGAUCCUCAAGAUUCCCUAAAAAGUUGGGAUCCUACCCCAAUUUUAUCAAAUUCUUCCCCUGUUUCUCCCCAUCAUUCCCCUGUUUGGUGUUCUUGGUCAGGAAUCAAAUGUGCCCUUAAUUCCUCCUUAAUCAUCUCUUUAGACCUCUCUUCGCGUAAUCUCUCCGGCGAUAUCCCACCAGAUAUCCGCCAUUUAUACUCUCUUAGCACCCUCAAUUUGAGCAAGAACUCAUUUGAGGGUAAUUUUCCCACCUCAAUUUUUGAAUUAUCAGAGCUUAGAAUCCUUGACAUAAACCAUAACAACUAUAACUCAACUUUUCCUCUAGGACUUUCUAAGCUCAAAUUCCUUACACAUUUCAAUGGUUAUAGCAACAGCUUCAUCGGCCCUUUACCACUUGAUCUCCCAGACAUCCAGCACCUCGAGUACCUUAACCUCGGAGGCAGCUACUUUUCGGGCGGUAUUCCAGCAGAGUAUGGCAAUAUUCCUAGCCUAAACUUUCUUGAUUUAGCAGGAAACAGCCUAAAUGGUACAAUACCACCAGAACUUGCUUCUUUGAUUCAGCUUGAGCAUCUUGAAAUGGGGUAUAACAAUUUUGAAGGGUCUUUACCAAUUGAGUUGGGUAUGUUAUCCAACUUACAAUACUUAGACAUCUCAAAUUGUAGCUUAUCUGGGAAUAUACCCCAAGAAAUUGGGAACUUAAGAAACUUAACUGCAUUGUUGUUGUUUUCCAACGACUUUUCUGGUGUGAUCCCAUCUAGCCUAUCCAACUUGAAAAGACUACAAUGUCUUGAUUUAUCAGGUAACCGCCUUUCGGGUUCGAUUCCUGAGUAUAUUUCAGAGCUCAAAGAGCUGAAUGUACUAAGUUUGUUGAGCAAUGAGUUAAGUGGGGAAAUUCCACAAGGUGUUGGUGAGCUUCCAAUGCUUGAGUUCCUUCUUCUUUGGAAUAAUGACCUUAAUGGGUCAUUGCCUUCUAGUCUUGGUACCAAUGGAAAAUUGGUUAAACUGGACGUUUCCUCGAACCGCCUCACCGGGGUUUUGCCGGAGCAAUUGUGCUCUAACAACACCUUAGAGAAGCUAAUUCUGUUCAACAAUCAGUUUACUGGUGAGUUACCAACAUCACUUGUGAAUUGCACUUCAUUAGUGAGGGUAAGAAUUCAGAAUAACUUGUUUAAUGGAAGUAUCCCAACUGGGUUUGGACACUUGCCUAAUCUUGUUUUUAUGGAUGUUAGUAAAAAUAAUUUUAGUGGGAACAUUCCCAAUGAUCUUGGGAUUGCACCCAAAUUGAUGAAUUUGAAUGUUUCAGAGAAUUUUUUUAGUGGGGAAUUACCAAAUGGGAUUUGGGGUAGUCCUAGUUUGCAGAUUUUCUCAGCUUCUUUUUGUGGGAUUUCUGGGAAUAUCCCAGAUUUUAAUGGGUGCAAAAGUUUGUACCAAAUUGAGAUGGAAGGGAACAAUUUAAAGGGUACAAUCCCUUGGAAUAUAGGGCACUGUGAGAAGUUGAUUUCCUUAAAUUUGAGGAAAAAUAUGUUGACAGGAAUUAUUCCUUGGGAAAUUUCUACUCUUCCUUCUAUUAAUAUUGUUGAUCUUUCUUAUAAUAAUCUUAGUGGGAGUAUUCCUUCUAAUUUUGAUAAUUGUAGAACUCUGGAGACUUUUAAUGUGUCAUUUAAUCUUUUGACGGGGUCUAUAGUCUCUAUACCAUCUUCUGGGUCGAUUUUUCCUAAUUUGAAUGCAUCAUCAUUUAUGGGUAAUGAGGGGUUGUGUGGUAAUUUGAUUGGGAAGCCGUGUUUGUCGGGUUCUCCUGUGGCCGGAGCAUCGGAUAUGGAGGAUAAGAAGCCUAAGAAGACCGCGGGGGCUAUUGUUUGGAUCAUGGCCGCAGCAUUUGGGGUUGGACUAUUUGUGUUGAUUGCCGGUAGUAGGUGUUUUCAUGCCAAUUAUAGCCGUAAAAUAUCCGAGGGUAAGGAGAUUGGUCCGUGGAAGUUGACCGCCUUCCAACGAUUGAACUUCACCGCGGAUGAUGUGUUGGAGUGCUUGGCAAUGAGUGAUAAGAUCAUCGGAAUGGGGGCCACCGGGACAGUGUAUAGGGCGGAGAUGCCUAGUGGCGAGAUCAUAGCAAUCAAAAAGUUAUGGGGCAAGCAAAAAGAGACGUUGAGGAGGCGAAGAGGGGUGCUUGCCGAGGUGGAGGUGCUAGGCAAUGUAAGGCAUAGGAACAUUGUAAGGUUGUUAGGUUGUUGUUGUAAUAGAGAAAGCACAUUGUUGCUCUAUGAGUACAUGCCUAAUGGGAGUUUAGAUGAUUUGUUGCAUGGCAAGGUCAAAGGAGAAAAUCUAAUAGCAGAUUGGCUUACUAGGUACAAGAUUGCCCUUGGCGUGGCUCAAGGCAUAUGUUAUCUACACCACGAUUGCGAUCCAGUCAUUGUUCAUCGCGAUCUAAAACCUAGCAACAUCCUCCUAGACGCCGAAAUGGAGGCAAGGGUGGCCGAUUUUGGGGUGGCCAAGCUCAUACAAAGCGACGAGUCUAUGUCCGUCAUUGCUGGAUCAUACGGCUACAUUGCACCCGAGUAUGCUUAUACGUUACAAGUUGAUGAAAAGAGUGACAUCUAUAGUUACGGGGUGGUACUAUUGGAGAUAUUGAGCGGAAAAAGAUCGGUACACCCAGAGUUUGGUGAAGGAAAUAGUGUUGUAGAUUGGGUUCGUACCAAAAUUAAGGCAAAAAAUGGGAUCAGUGAUGUCCUAGACAAAAAUGCAGGGGCGUCGUGUGCAUCAGUAAGAGAGGAGAUGAUGCUUGUACUUAGAGUCGCGUUACUUUGUACAAGUCGGAACCCUGCUGAUAGGCCAUCCAUGAGGGAUGUUAUAUCAAUGUUGCAAGAAGCCAAGCCUAAGAGAAAAUCUCCUAGUCUAGGAAGAGGUGAUAGUGGUGAUCAUGUAAUAGAAAUUGGUGGUUGUGUUGAUGUUCAUGACAAUGUUGGUGCACCUCCUUUAGGUGAAAAGAAGUAAAGAAAUUAAAUUAUGUUAAUAUUAGUACUAAUCUUUUUUUUUUUUUUCUAAUUAUUAUUUUCUAUUUUUUGGGUUUUUUUUUUCAAUUUCUGAUUCAAAUUGUGGGGGGUGGUAUAGAAAUAGUUUUUAUGAAGUGAUUUUUGAUGGAAAUUUGAGGCAAUGAUUUUGUUCUAGUACUAAUUGUAACAAAGUAUUGUUUGAUGUGGCCAGCUUGUGCUUUUUUAGAGGUGAUAAUUAUAUUGCAGAUUUAUUCAAAAA